AUGGAAGCUCAAUUUCAAGUACUUCGCUUUGGAAACGAAAAGUCCGAUGAAGAAAUUGUCUACGGUUCAAGCUAUCCAUUCGUUCGUAAUAUAGAAACCCUUAUAAUGAAUUCAACUGAGACCCGAAGUGCGAAGAAGAACAGGAAGAAAAAAAUAAUCGGAUCCCCCCCACGACCCCAGAAUUCGUGGAUUAUUUAUAGGAGAGAUACAAGUGCUAAACCAGAAUUUAAAGGAAGAACGCCCCAAUUUAUUUCAGCUGAAAUUGAAAAGCUAUGGAAAAAUGAGAGUAAGGAGUUUAGUCCGUCCAAUUUUGGAUCUCCUUCUUUUAUGGAAAUGGAUUUUGAAUCACCACUUUUAUCUGACGUCAAUCUUGAAUCUCCUCUUACAACCGACUGUAAUCCUCAAGAACUGGAUUCUCCAUUUCCAACCGACUUCAAUUCUCAAUCUUCAUACUUAUCCGCCGACAUUCCAUUUGAUUUUGUAUUGAAUUCCCCAUACGAAGAUCCUCAGCUUAUGAUAGACGUUUCGCCGCAAACUUCUGGAUAUGAAUAUUCUUAUUCGUUGAAUGAUAUGAAUAUGAUGGGUGCCGCGAAUUUCGCACCGUUGAAUUCCAUUGCUCAAAAUAAUAUACCAUAUGGAUAUGUUCCCGAAGACAACGUUUUACCAUUAGACCCAACAAAUUAUGAUAACACAACUUUUCCACCACCACAACCUGAUAUAUCGCAACUGAUUAGUCAGUUGUCCGACGAGGAGUGUGCUUUGCUUUUGGAGUACUUAAAAUCCGAUGGACACAUUUCCGAAGAAAUAUCACCUAAUCAAUCCGACUUCAAUUUACUCAUUCCUCAUUCCAUCUUUUUUGAUUUACAAGAUUCUAGAUCUCUACAAUAG